AUGAUAUCUACACGAAGAAGAUGGAACAACAAGCAGGCCGGUGUGGCGGUGGCCAAGAGGCCAUGCGGAAGGCCACGUAAGCAACAACAUGGAAUGUCGAUCAGCAACAUGGAUCUGUUGAUCAACCAUAUAAAAUUAUGGAUACUCAUCAAUUCGGCUCUCGUCGCCUCCACCACUAAUCAAGAGCGGGAGCUUUACAUAGCAUAUAUGGGAUCUCUCCCUGAAGGUGAAUACUCACCUUCAUUACAUCACUCUCGGCUUAUAAAACAAGUCGUGGAUCCGAGUUAUGCAAACAAAUCCAUUAUAAGGAGCUAUACAAAGAACAUCAAUGGAUUUGCUGCAUACCUCACAGCAGAAGAACGAGAAAAGCUGAACGGUUUUGAUGAGGUCAUCUCGGUGUUUCCCAAUCAAAAGGUCCGACCUCAAACAACAAGGUCAUGGGACUUCAUGGGACUUCCAAGAAAGACCGAAAGACGCCCUUCAGUUGAGAGUGAUAUAAUUAUUGGAGUAAUUGAUCACGGAAUCUGGCCAGAGUCUGAGAGCUUUAGCGAUGAAGGUUUUGGCCCAAUUCCAAAAAAGUGGAGAGGAGAAUGUGCAGGUGGCUAUAAUUUCUCCUGUAACAAGAAAAUUAUCGGUGCUCGUUCUUAUGUGCUUGGCUUUGACAACACGGGACUUUCUGCUAGAGAUGAUAAUGGACACGGUACUCACGUUGCAUCCAUUGCAGCCGGCAAUGAAGUGAAUGCAAACUUUUACGGUUUGGCACAAGGAAUUGCUAGGGGAGGCGUUCCUUCCGCAAGAAUUGCAGUUUAUAAAGUUUGCAGAUUCUUUUGCAUGGACAUUGAUAUAAUGUCAGCUUUCCAAGAUGCGAUAGCUGACGGAGUUGACAUUAUAUCUAUUUCACUGGGAGGACCUAAUCCAAGGGAGCUGAUCUCUGAUCCUAUUGGAAUUGGCGCUUUUCACGCAAUGGAGAAAGAUAUACUCACAGUCCAUUGUGCCGGGAAUUCUGGUCCUACCAUACACACUGUUUUAGAUUAUGUGCCGUGGAUCUUUACUGUUGGAGCAAGCUACACUGAUAGAAGAAUUGUUGAUAAAAUUCUUCUUGGGGACGGUACGAUUCUAGUGGGUGAUUCUGUUAAUGCCUUUCCAUCAAGUGCUGCAGAAGUGCCUCUUGUUUAUGGCAAAGAAGUGACCCGCACGUGUUCUGAAACAGAAGCAAUGCGUUGUUCUCCAUCUUGCUUAGACAGUUCCAUGGUCAAACAAAAGGUGGUUCUGUGUGAUUCAAAUGUCUUCGAGACGGUAGAAGAUCCCCAAGCAUUGGGUUAUAUCAUACCAAACAAAGAAAAUACAUCUGAUGUCGUGCCAUCACGUGCUAUAGUGUUAGGAACUAAUGACAUUAACUUUGUCAAAACCUACAAAAAAUCCGCAAGAGAGCCUGUGGUAAGAUUUUUCAAAAGUGAAGAGAUUCACAAUCCAGCAGCUCUUCUCAUUGCUCCAUUUUCGUCGCGGGGACCGACCAAGUCAAUACCAGAUAUUGUAAAGCCUGAUGUAACAGCACCCGGAGUGGAAAUUCUAGCCGCUUUUUCACCAUUUGGUCCCCCCUCUGGAAUGCCUUACGACACCAGGCGUGUGAAGUACACUAUACUGUCAGGGACGUCAAUGGCUUGCCCACACGUUACUGCAGUUGCAGCUUUCGUCAAGUCGUUUCACCCCAAUUGGUCUCCAUCUGCACUUAAAUCUGCUUUAAUGACUACAGCCAUGGAAAUGAAUGCUGCCCUGAGCACGGAUGCUGAAUUCGCAUACGGUUCUGGCCAUAUUAAUCCUGUGAAGGCUACGGAUCCCGGUCUUGUGUAUGAGACAUCUCCUGAUGACUACCGCAAGAUAUGGUGCCAUAUGCCAAACACUAAUUGUCCAGUCAACCUAACCCAUAAAGAACUGAACUACCCCUCCAUGGCAGUUCAAGUUGAGACGAAAUCUGCAUUCGUGGUUACUUUCCCAAGAACGGUUACAAAUGUCGGUCCAGCUCAAUCAACAUACACUGUAUCCGUAACAGGAAGCCAUGGGUUAGAAAUCAUUGUGGAGCCCAACACUCUACAAUUCACCACGUUAUAUCAAAAGAUAUCAUUUAGUGUGACUGUUAGAGGAAGAAUAAUUUCACCUCUAACAGUAAAGAGUAUGUCGUUGUUAUGGACAGAUUCAAUUCACCAUGUUCGCAGUCCUGUCGUGGUAUAUACGACGAAAGCCACCUCUGUGGGAGGAGCACCUCCAACACCACCAAGGAUUUGCGCCAUUAGUGUACUCGAUAAAGAAUUCGAUACCCGAAUCCGGUUUGACUUGGGAAUCCCCGAGUUGACUGGAAAUGGGGACGGAUAUGGAAAUCACCUACUCUUGGCAUUCAGCCACUUACCGGUGCAAACUACACUGCUUGACCUUGACUAUGCCAUUCGUAAUGAUGAACCCGAUGCUAUUACUGCGAACUCUACUGCAGAACAGAAUGCAACAUUUGAGAAGUGGGACAAGGCAAAUCGGUUAUCACUUAUGACGGUCAAAAACUCUAUUCCCCUUGGUCUUCGAGGAGCUAUCCCUGAGUCUGACAAAGUCAGAGAUUACCUCAAAUCUGUUGAGGAUUACUUCAAGGGAUCGUCUAAAGCGCAUGCAAGCAGUUUAAUGCUAAAGAUGCUUACUCUGAAAUAUGAUGAAAGUAGUUGUGUCCGUGAACACAUAAUGAAAAUGAGUGACAUGGCGAACAAGCUUAAGACUCUCGAAAUGGAAGUCUCUAAUAAUUUUAUUGUGCAUUUCAUAAUGACAUCAUUGCCUGCUCAAUUUGAUGCCUUCAAAAUUAACUAUAAUGCUUAG